AUGUGCCACGAGAACGAUGAAUGGUAUGAGGUUCUACCUUGGGUACUUCUCGGAAUACGUUCGGCAUGGAAGGAAGAUGUUGGUUCGUCAUCUGCAGAGUUGGUGUAUGGAGAGCCCCUACGAUUACCGGGUACAUUUUUCAACACCUCGCCCACAGAAGUCGUAGACCACAAUGAUUUUCUUUCCCGUUUAAGAGCCUACAUCCGAAAGAUCAAACCAACGCCUGUAAUACAUCAUGGUACUUCUCCAGUUUUCAUAAGUAAACAGUUAUCAUCUUCAAAUCAAGUUUUUCUCCGCCAAGACGCUAUUAGAAAACCUCUGCAGCCGCCAUACACAGGACCCUAUACGGUACUAGAACGUCGAGAUAAAUAUUACAAAAUAGAUAUCAAAGGAAAGCCUGCCACGGUGUCAUUAGACAGAUUGAAGCCGGCGUACAUCUUAAGCGACUCGGAAUCUCACUUUGCUGAUUCAUCUCCAAGCAUUUCACGUUCAGUGCAAAGAACGAAAUCUGGACGUCAUGUACGCUUUCCCGAUUUUUAUCGACCGUAA